AUGACCAGCUACUUUCCACCGAGUGGCAGCGCCGGCGAUGGUGCCAAUGGCCAAACCGUGUCAUCGCUAUCACCCCCGCCAACGCAGCGCUCGACCGCCCUCACCAACCGGCUGACAACCGUUCUAUCGGCAUCGUAUGCGGACUCGGACAUUCGCGAUUCCCUCGAGACUUUGAGCUUGAGAGGUAUUCAUAAUUCUGAAGAAACGCAUCGGCAGCUACGACUCGAUGUUCAAAAAGAAGUUGUUGAUUGCAAUGCGGAAAUUGUUAAAGACUUUGGAAAAGUGGCAGAGCAAUUGCAACGGAUUGGAACGGUGGUUUCAGCCCUGAAUCAAACGUGCGACGAUAUGCGCAAGCGAAUCAACCUGGCGAAGCAGGAUACCACGCCGGUGCUCGAGGAGGCUAGUGCGCUGAUGGCGCAAAAGAAGGAAACCGAGACCAAGCAGCAGCUGCUGGAGGCCUUUUCAAAACACUUCCUGGUUCCGGAGGAGGAUAUAUUGGUGUUAACGUCGGCCGAGGAGCCCGUUGACGAGCGGUUCUUUGACGUGCUAGCUCGCGUUAAGCAAGUGCACCACGAUUGCGAAGUCUUGCUCGGCGGUGAGAACCAGCGAUUGGGCCUAGAGGUGAUGGAACUGAGCACCCGAAGUCUUAAUUCGGCAUACCAGAAACUCUACCGGUGGAUUCAGAAGGAGUUCAGGUCUCUGAAUCUCGAAGACCCUCGCAUCAGCAGUUCAAUCCGCCGCGCUUUGCGAGUGCUGGCAGAACGCCCGAGUCUCUUCCACAACUGCUUAGACUUCUUUGCGGAAGCUCGGGACUAUGUCCUGUCUGAUGCUUUCCACUAUGCAUUGACUGAUGCUGUUUCUGGGUCAAAUGGGCCUAACGUGAGUGAUCGUACUGUUAAGCCGAUUGAGUUCUCGGCGCAUGAUCCCCUACGCUAUAUUGGUGACAUGCUUGCGUGGGUGCACUCUACAACGGUGUCGGAGCGAGAGGCCCUUGAAUCGCUGUUUGUGGAUGAAGGGGAUGAGCUCGCCCGGGGAAUACAGGCCGGCCUGAGUAGCGAGCCUUGGUCGCGCAUUGAUGAGGAACAAGAGGUCACCUUUGAUGGCCAAAAGGCACUUAGUGAUUUGGUCAACCGUGACCUUACAGGAGUGUCUCGAUCGCUACGACAAAGAAUCGAGCUCGUAAUUCAGAGCCAUGAAGAUCCUGUGACUUGCUUUAAGGUGGUGAACUUGCUGUCCUUCUACCGCACAACCUUCACAAAGCUAGUUGGCGCACAAUCUCAAUUGGUGGACUUGAUGCAGAACUUGGAGAAGUUCACGCUGGGCCACUUUGAGACUUUGAUGCGCGACCAAAUCAGCGCCUUGGCAGGCGACAAUGUUGCCCUAACGCCUCCCGAUGACCUCUCACCCCCACAAUUCUUGCUAGAUGCAUUGGAAACCCUGGACGUGCUCCUGAAGACACAUGAAGCGUCGGUCGGACCGGAAGAUGCAGACUUGGACGAGAACAACGAGAACUCGUUCACCUCUGUGCUCCGGGCCGCCUUCGAUCCAUUCUUGACACUAGCCCGGUCCUCAUCCGACGAACUCAAAGAUACAACGGCGCAGGUCAUCUACCGCACUAACAUACUCCUUGCAGCCCGUGAAGCUGUGUCACCUUUCCCCUUUGCCAGUUCCACGCACGUUCCUCCUCUAUCUGCAGCAUUAUCAAGCCUACGCAACGACCUCCUCGCUACCCAGCACCAAUUCCUGCUCGAGCAUUCUGGCCUCCAAACGCUCUUGGAUGCCCUGAAGCCUUUCUCCAAGACAAACAAGGACCCUGAGACCACCGGUGAUGAUAUUGAGAAGUCAGAUCAGCAAAAGCCACACCUGGACGACCUGAUCAAUCUCCCUGCAUUCCAACCAGAGGCCUUGAUUACAUCCAGCCAGCAGCUAGACGACUUCCUUCCAUCUGCACUGAUGGACGCAACUGACAAUCUCAAGCGUGUGCAAAGCGUCUCUCUUAUUCAAAGCGUGACCGAGGAUGCAGUCGAGGCAUUCUGCCGUGACUUCGAGUUCGUCGAAGGCAUGAUCAUUGCCGCCGAUGAGACGAGAGGGUCCAAUGCAGCCACUGGCACUGGGGACAGUGGCAGAUUGGAUGACAAGGCUAAUGCGGGCCAGGAGGAAGAUCAAGAAGAGGGAGAGGAUGAGGAGGAUGAACAAUGGAGUUUGAGAUCGUUGUUCCCCCGGACCACAGGGGAGAUCCGGGUGUUGUUGAGUUGA